GACGUAUACCGUAAAUCCUUUCAUUGCUCUCCUUCCCUUACUGUAAGACACAUUCUAUAGGUGACUUUGCCGCUCGGCAUCGGAAUGCAAAGCAAGUGCUCUCAUCUCUUUACACCAACGACGGAAUCAUAUUCAGAAUGCCAAAUUGUACCACUCUCUUACUAGUGGACGUACAAAAUGACUUCCAUCCCGGUGGCAGUCUUGCCAUUCCCACCGCCAACGAGGACGCGGAUCGCAUUGCUGCUUUGAUUCGGUCGCAUCCAGAAAAAAUUGAUCGCAUAGUGGCUACCAUGGACUCGCACCAAAAGCUGCAUAUCGCGCAUCCCUCGUUCUGGCUCGCUGGGGAUGGAUCGGGUCUUCAUCCCGUUCCCUUUACAAUUAUCUCGCACGACGACAUUAGGAACGGAACUUGGAAACCCCGUCCUGAUCUCAAGACUUGCACAAAUGACAAAAACACCUUGGACAGGGAAGUUCUUGGCGAUCUCAAAGACGUUGAGAACGAAUCAGGGUCGUUCGAUCUCACCAAGUACUGUAUUGAAUAUGCACGUAGGUUGGAAGAAAAGGGCCGAUUCCAGAUUUGUAUAUGGCCUGAGCAUUGCCUGAUUGGGUCUACGGGUCAUAGCUUGGUAGAUUCUGUGCGGGAAGCAAUCAAUGAGUGGAGUGAACAGACUGGAAGAAGCGUUGAAUGGGUCAUGAAAGGUCAAAAUUUGCUGACGGAGAUGUAUUCCGCACUUGCUGCCGAAGUCCCAGUUUCGCAUACCACAGCCUUCAACCACAAAGUGCACUCCUCGCUACUGGAAUCUGAUCGUUUGAUCGUGUGCGGACAAGCGAUGAGUCACUGUGUGAACUACACCCUCCGCGAUAUUGUGGAGUACAAACCGGAGAUUAGCACGUGUCAGAUCUAUUUGCUUCUCGACUGCACUUCUUCCGUACCGACUUUUGAGUACGCUGCCAACGAAUUCCAGCAUGACAUGGAAAAAUUGGGAGUCUUGCUCGUUAAGUCCACCGAAUUAUUUCAAUGUGCAAGUUUUAAAAAAUGAUGAUGCCUCUACA